AUGAAGGUUUCAUUUACAUUAUUUUUUAUAAUAUAUAUUAUAUUAAAUUGUGAUGUGUUAAAAUGUGAAGUUGAAUCUUCUGAUAGUACCAGUUUCUUAAAUUUGAUUUCUGGUCAGAGUUCAUCUAAUUCGGAUGAUACUGUUUCUAGUUCAGAUUCACGUGGUGUUGUUGCAUCUGUUUCUGGUACAGUUGAUUCUGAUGUAUCUAGAACAGAUUCAACUGGAAAUGUAAAUAGUAAAAAUUCUGAAUUAUCAGAAACAAGACAAAAUUCUGUUGAACAAAAUAAUAAUUCAAAUAGUUCAGAUAAUUCGAUUAAAAUUAAAUCUGCAUUUUUAAAAGAAAAUGUUGGUGUAAAAAUUACUGGUCCAUGUGAUGAAGGGUUCGGUUUGGUUAUGGUACCUCAUAUAAUAAUUAAUGUGGACACUAGAAAUACUGAUAUACAAUUGGGAAAGAAAUCAUCAGAAAUAAAUUAUGGAAUAAAAUUAAGAAAAAAAGGAAAAGAUGAAUAUGAGGAAAAAGUUGGUAUAGAUCUUUUAAAAAAUGUAUGUGAGACAGGAAAAAAUUUUAAAUUUGUUGCAUAUAUUAAAGGAGAUGAAUUAAUUAUUAAAUGGAAAGUUAUAGAGGAAGGAAAUAUACCAAUAGAUAUAAAAAAAUUCAAAAUAAAAAGGAUGAGCCCUCCUAUUACUUCCAUACAAGUAUUUUCCUCCAUGUCAGAUGAAAAGUCCUUUGUGCUUGAAAACAAAAAUUAUGUCGUAACAAAUAAUAUGCCAGAAAAAUGUGAAGCUCUAGCUACUAACUGUUUCUUGAGUGGUAAUAUUGAUAUUGAAAAAUGCUAUCAGUGUAGUUUAUUAGUUGAAAAUGAUAGUAAAUCUGAUGUAUGCUAUAAUUUUAUUUCUCGUGAAAAUAAAGAAAAAUUAAAUGAAGAACGUUUUAAAGUCAAAGGAUCAACUGAAUAUGAAGAAAGUGUAGAAUCUGAACUAAAAGGAGCUAUAGAUUUAUUAAUAUCAUCAUUUUAUAAAUCCGAUGGUGAGAAUGGUGAAAAUGUUUUGAUAAGUUUUGAAGACUUAAAUAGUACAUUAGAAGAUGAUAUUAUUAAUUUCUGUUCUUUAUUAAAACUUGUUGAUUUAAGUGGAACAUUUAUGAAUCACCAAAUAGGUACUACUGCAGAUGCCUUUAAUAAUAUUGUUAAACUUUUAAAAGAACAUAAAGAAGAAGAUGAAUUCGUAUUACGUACGAAAUUAAGAAACCCAGCACUUUGUAUGAAAAAUGUGGACGAUUGGGUUAAAAGUAGAUGUGGUUUAUUAACAUCUGAUGAUUCAUAUGUUGUUAUAAAAAAAAAUUCUGAUACUAAUGGAAAGAAUGAAAAUAAUGAAUCAAAUGAUGAAGAAUAUGACGGAGUUAUUGAUUUAAGUACAAAUGAGAAUGGAAAUGUAAAAUCGAUUCAGUUUAAUGAUGAUAUAUAUUGUAAUGAUGAUUAUUGUAAUAGAUGGAAAAAUGAAAAUAAUUGCAUAUCCAAGAUUGGCGUUGAAGAUCAAGGAAAUUGUGCUUCCUCAUGGGCUUUUGCUUCUAAAUUACAUUUUGAAACACUAAGAUGUAUGAAAGGAUAUGACCAUUUAGGAAUUUCUGCUUUGUACUUAACUAACUGUUCUAAGGGAAAAAUUAGUAAAAGAUGUACUGAAGGUGGUAAUCCAAGCGAAUUUUUAGAAAUCGUUUCAAAUAGUGGAUUUUUACCAACAGAAUUUGAUUACCCUUACUUUUAUGCAUUGGUUGAAAAUAGUUGUCCAAGUGGUUUAAAUAAAUGGAUAAAUUUGUGGGAAGACGUAAAAUUAUUCGAUUAUAAAUAUGAACCUAAUUCUAUUGGUAGUAAAGGAUAUUCUGUAUAUAAAAGUGAGAUGUUUAAAGAUAAUAUGGAUGAAUAUGUUAAAAUGAUAAAAAGUGAAAUUAAGAAUAAAGGAUCUGUAAUUGCUUAUAUAAAUGCACAAUCUGUUUUAACUUAUGAUUUUAAUGGAAAAAAUAUACUUAAUAUGUGUGGUAGCAAAACUACAGAUCAUUCAAUAAAUGUUAUAGGUUAUGGUCAUUAUAAAAAUAAGGAGGGAGAAGAAAAAUCAUAUUGGCUAGUUCGAAAUAGUUGGGGAUAUUACUGGGGAGAUGAAGGAAAUUUUAAAGUUGAUAUGUAUGGACCAUCCAAUUGUAAUUAUCACUUCAUUAAUACAGUUCUUGUUUUUAAUAUUGAUAUUCCAAUGAUGAAUAAUAAUGAAAAUAAUAAAAAAGGAUUAUAUAAUUACUUCCCAAAAUAUACACACGAGUUUUAUCAUAACUUUUAUGAUCAAAAUUUUGGUUCGGAUAAUAAAAUAUCCUUAAUUAAUAGUAAUGGUUCUAAUAAAAAUGAUGUAAAUAAUGCCUAUACUGUUCAUGGACAAAGUGGAGAAACAGAAGUUCAACCUUCACAACUUCGAUCUACCGCUAAUCAAGAUUCGAACAGAGGAGCUGUUACCAGUGAUCCUUUAAGGACUCAACCAGAAACAACUUCAACUAGUGUUAAAAAGAUGGAUGUGUUCCAAGUAUUAAAACAUGUCAAGAAUAGCAAAAUAAAAGUUGGUUUAAUUAAAUAUGAUAAUGACGAUGAGAUUGGUGCGCAUCACAGUUGCACAAGAGCCUAUUCAUUCGAUCCAGAAAAGUAUGAUGAAUGUGUUGAGUUUUGUAGAAAAAAUUGGGAACAAUGCAAAGAUAAACCUUCACCUGGUUUCUGUUUAACAAAAUUGGAUGAAAGCAAAGGUUGCUUCUUUUGUUAUGUAUAA